GAGUACGCUCUCGAGUUACUGCAAGACUGACCAGAUUUGGCCGUGCGCUAGAAUCUCGUGAACGCUUCUCUUGUCUCUGAGCCUCGUUCUCUUCUGCGCUGGUGAUCGGCUGACCUGCCUGCGGUUGAGGGACACGGCAAACAGCGACAGCGCCGACUAAGUAUGGCUCCACAAAGCGCCCAGGAUGAGGAAGAAGACUAUAUGUCGAUGGCCAUUAUAGAGCCGGAGAAAAAGGAGACUUUUGCGCAGCGGAAACUCCGAAAGCAACGGGAGGCCGAAGCAAAAGCAAAGGUUCCCUCCAAAGCGGAACGUGCAGCUCAGGAGGCUGCACGUCGCGAAGCAGCCCUGGCUAAGACCGCCCUGGAUCCUAGCAACAAAGGUUUCCAGAUGAUGGCCAAGUUAGGCUUCAAGGUAGGAGAUGCUCUUGGCAAGCAGCCAUCAACCGGCAUGGCAGCUCCUGCUGGCUCUUCGGACGGAGCUGCCACGGCCACAACCACGACCGACGACUGGGGUCGACCGCGCACGGAACCUCUAAAUAUAAUCGUGAAGGAAGACAGAAGUGGGAUAGGCCUGGAUAACGAGAAGAAGCGUAAAAUAAGAGAAGAAGCUGCAGAAAUGUCGAAGAAAGUCAAAGCCGAAGAAGGUGACUAUCGAGAACGGAUGAGGCUCGAACGCGAGGAACGUCGGACGGAAGCCCAAGUACGCGCAGCGCAAAAAGUUGCUGAGAAGUUGGAUACGGAAUCUGAUGACGACGAUGAAGCUGCUCAGCCGUCCGGAGCCGACCAGAAGUCUCCCGGCAGGGAAGAGGAGGAGGAAGGAAAUGACACAAAUGCAGAGGAGAAAUCAUCCGCGACGUCUCGCAAACGAACCAAAGUCAAGCCGACUUCUCAGAUCAACGUUUUGUACCGUGGCCUUGUGCGCGAGAGAGAAGAAAAGGAGCGCGAGAUCCAAGCUCGUCAUAUUAUGCAGACGUCACUCCCAUCGUCGUUCUUUCCAGACCCGAAAUUGCCUGGAUAUGAAGACCCCAACCUGGACGCUGACGAUCGACACGCUCUUGGUCUCCGGACAGAUCCUGCGAGGGUGGUAGAACAAGAACUUGACGAAGAAGACCCAGAACUCGACGAGUUCAAUCAGCUGGACCCCAAGGAACGGUUAAUGAGACUGGUUCUAUACUUACGAGAGAAGCAUCGAUAUUGCUUUUGGUGCAAAUACCGCUAUGAGACAGACACCUUGGAUGGCUGUCCCGGCCUGACCGAAGAAGAUCAUGACUAACGGUAAACUGCUUUCCUCUAACGUACAGAGAAUAAUAGACAGUUUUUGUUGCAGACAGAUUCUAGCAAAUUGCAGCAACUGUUCGGAACAUAUGAAGGUCGACCAUACAUUGACUAGUACGGGGCUCUCGAAGCACCCAUAUGUGCUCUGAAACAAGAACGACUUCUCAUUCUGCGAAAUGUUCUACUAUCGGUUCAAACGGAAAGGGCUACGAAUGGGAAAAUACACCCGUCGGCCAGAUCGAGUAUAAAAAUUAUUACUUUUAUUGAUACCAAGAUCUAAUAUAUAGCAAAAAAUUGCUCCUUGAAUGCUGCCACGAUGAUAGCCAGCGGUUUGCCUGCGCCGAUCUAAAUCCCAUCGCGAGAUGUGCUCUGAAUGAAUACGAGGUAUCAUCGGUAGAGUGUCAAAAUAGCUUUGUUCGAGCAAAAGAAAAAA